CCGAGCACGGCCGCGCCUGCGCCGUGCGGGAAGAUGGCACCUGCCGGCCGCGGCUGCGGCUGCGGCUGCUGGGGCUGCUUGGGCGCUGGGGUGGUGCGGCUACUGCAGCUGCUGCUGCUCCUGGGGGCGCUGGCCUGCGCGCGGGCCACAGAGCACUACUCUCCGCUGUCCUUGCUGAAGCAGGAGCUUCAGCACCGGCAGCAGCAGGAGGCCCCGGCGGGCGGCGGCUGCCCGCAGUCGGGGGACUGGGCGGACCAGUACCCGGAGUGCGAGUCACCGUUCUUGAGCUUCCACGAGUCUGACUGUGAACUGAGGGGCUCGCCACCCUGUGACUCCCUGCUUUCUCUCAACACCGAAAAGAUCCUGAGCCAGGCCAAGUCUAUUGCAGAACAGAAGAGAUUCCCGUUUGCUACUGACAACGACAGCACCAAUGAAGAGUUAGCUAUUGCUUACGUGUUGGUCGGCAGUGGUCUGUAUGACGAAGCAAUAAGGCACUUCUCGACCAUGCUUCAGGAGGAGCCUGAUCUGGUUAGUGCAAUUUAUGGCCGAGGGAUAGCCUAUGGAAAGAAGGGACUACAUGACGUUAAGAAUGCUGAGCUUGCUUUGUUUGAACUGAGCCGAGUAAUCGCCUUGGAACCUGACCGUCCAGAGGUAUUUGAGCAGCGAGCUGAAAUUCUGUCCCCUCUGGGGCGAAUUAAUGAAGCCGUAAAUGAUCUCACUAAAGCUAUUCAGCUUCAGCCCUCCGCACGGCUGUACCGACACCGGGGGACCCUGUACUUCAUUUCUGAGGACUACGCGACAGCCCACGAGGACUUUCAGCAGUCCUUGGAGCUGAACAGAAACCAGCCCACAGCCAUGCUGUACAAAGGCCUAACUUUCUUUCACAGAGGACUUCUGAAGGAAGCCAUCGAGGCCUUCAAAGAAGCGCUGAGACAGAAAGUUGACUUCAUUGAUGCGUACAAAAGUCUGGGACAGGCCUACAGAGAGCUGGGGAAUUUCGAGGCGGCCACCGAGAGCUUCCAGAAGGCCCUGUUGCUCAACCAGAACCACGUGCAGACCCUGCAGCUCCGGGGCGUGAUGCUCUACCACCACGGCAGCCUGCAGGAGGCCUUGAAGAACUUCAAGCGCUGCCUGCAGCUGGAGCCGUACAAUGAAGUGUGCCAGUACAUGAAGGGGCUCAGCCACGUGGCCAUGGGGCAGUUCUAUGAGGGGAUUAAAGCUCAGACGAAGGUCAUGCUGAAUGACCCCCUCCCCGGCCAGAAGGCCAGCCCGGAGUACCUACGGGUGAAGUAUCUCCGAGAGUACUCUCGGUACCUGCAUGCUCACCUUGAUACCCCUCUGACGGAGUACAACGUUGACACAGACCUGCCCGGCAGCUUCAAGGACCACUGGGCCAAGAACCUGCCCUUCCUCAUAGACGGCUACGAGGAACAGCCUGGGCUACAGCCGCACAUCAAGGAUGUGCUCCCUCAGAGCUUGGAAGGCUACAAGGCUGAAGUGCAGGAGCUGAUCUGCGUAGCUGACCGCCUGGGCUCACUGAUGCAGUACGAAACACCAGGCUUCCUGCCCAACAAGAGGGUACACAGAGCCAUGGGCUUGGCAGCGCUGGAAGUCAUGCAGGCCGUACACCGUACCUGGACCAACUCAAAGGUCCGCAUGAAUGGGAAGACGAGGCUGAUGCAGUGGAGGGACAUGUUUGACAUCGCUGUGAAGUGGAGAAGGAUCGCGGAUCCCGACCAGCCUGUGCUGUGGCUGGAUCAGAUGCCGGCGCGAAGUCUCAGCAGAGGGUUCAACAACCACAUCAACCUAAUCAGGGGUCAGGUGAUUAACAUGAGAUACCUGGAAUAUUUUGAGAAAAUACUUCAUUUUAUUAAAGAUAGAAUUCUUGUUUAUCACGGAGCGAAUAAUCCCAAGGGCUUGUUGGAAGUCAGAGAAGCUCUGGAGAAGGUGCAUAAAGUGGAGGACCUUCUUCCAAUCAUGAAGCAGUUUAAUACCAAAACGAAGGACGGCUUCACCGUGAACACCAAGGUUCCCAGCCUCAAAGACCAGGGGAAGGAGUAUGACGGCUUCACCAUCACCAUCACCGGAGACAAGGUGGGCAAUAUCCUAUUUUCUGUGGAAACGCAAACCACCGAGGAGAGGACCCAGCUGUACCAUGCAGAGAUAGACGCGCUUUAUAAAGACCUGACGGCCAAAGGGAAAGUGCUGAUCCUCUCCUCAGAGUUCGGGGAGGCUGAUGCUGUCUGCAACUUAAUCUUGUCCCUGGUUUAUUACUUCUAUAACUUAAUGCCCCUGUCUCGAGGAUCCAGUGUCAUCGCCUACUCAGUCAUUGUGGGAGCACUGAUGGCCAGCGGCAAAGAAGUGUCUGGGAAGAUCCCCAAGGGGAAGUUAGUUGACUUUGAAGCUAUGACAGCCCCUGGCUCAGAGGCCUUCAGCAAGAUAGCAAAAAGCUGGAUGAACUUGAAAAGCAUCUCCCCUUCCUACAAGAGCCUGCCGUCCGUGUCAGAGACGUUCCCCACCCUGCGGUCCAUGAUCGAGGUGCUGAACACAGACCCCGCCCCGCGGUGUGUGAAGAAGCUCUAGCUGCACUGGAGGACUCGCACACGUGCAGGGCCGGGCCUCUCGCUCCUUAAGUUAUUUUUUAAAACAUGGAGUUAUUAUGGAAUUAGGUCCUUUAUUACUUUUGAUACCAAUUUUUGAUAGGAAUUGAAUACUUGAAGACACUUUUCUUUCCUUUUUCUGAACAGUAACAGAAAUCAUGGAAACGGGUUUUUGGGGGAAAAGCUACUUGACCAGGAAGGGGUGUGUGCGUAUCGAUGGCCGCCUGCUGGUGCCCGUGUGUUAAGACUGCUCCUUCCUUACAGCGGGAGAUGUUUACUUCAAAAACCAAAAAUUAAUAAUCAAGCAGAACAAAAGCGACGACAAGCAGGGCUUGUCUCCGCUCGUCAGAGUGUGGGUGUUCCCAGACGUCCUCCCUGUGCACCUUGUAGGGUGCCUCGCUGCUGCCGUGCCCCCCUCCCCCCGAACCGUGGAAGGGCCUGGCACCCGCACUUCCAUGGCUUGAGACAGUAUUUGCCAAUGUCCCUACACUGAAUCACUGAACCGCGUUUUCCUUGUUGGAAAAAUAAGCCGAGGUGAUUUCUGUAGGUCGCCAAGUUUGGGCACUGGAUUAUUUGUUUUUACGUGUGAGCUAGUUUUGCUUUCAGGUAUAAGAACAUUUAGAAAGUUUCUUGUUUUCUCAGACAGGCCGAAUGAUGGAGUAAGAAGGUCCAUUAAACCGUUGCAGUUUCAAAUCA